CGGAAGCGGCGGCAGCGCGGGGCGCUGAGGGGUGGUGAUGGAGCGCUACGACAAAGCGGCACUGAACGCGGCCUUCGCUCCCGAGUUUCGGCAAAAUGAGGGUUCAUUAACAUCAACUUUAAGAACACUUCUAUUCUUCACAGCUCUAAUGAUCACAUUGCCAGUUGGGCUGUAUUUUUCAUCAAAGGCUUAUAUAUUUGAAGGUACCUUAGGAAUGUCCAACAGAGACAGCUAUUUCUAUGCUGCCAUAGUUGCUGUGGUCACAGUUCAUGUGGUGCUUGCAAUGUUUGUGUAUGUAGCAUGGAGCGAAGGCAGUCGGCAGUGGCGGGAAGGCAAGCAGGACUAAAAUGAAAGCCAUCAUCAUCUGAUACCUACAGACUGUAAAUAUAUUUUCUGCAAAUGAAAAGCAUUCUUCAAAAUGUGUAAUAGAUGUAUGCAGAGAUCAGGCUGAUAUUUCAACCCUGUUCAGUUAUGAUAAGACCUGUGCUUGUCUUGGAUGUGUAGCAGUAUUUUCUGUAAUGCUGAUGGAAGUUGUAUGUGGGUGUAAUCAGCUUCUACUAGGUUGAGCUGAGGAGGCAUUCACAUGAAAUCAGAAUGAAACACUUAAAAAAAACAAAUCACGUAGCUAUUUUUGCAAAUCUUAGUAUUUCUUCUGGCCUGCUCUGAGAAUAACAUUGGCCUGAAGCAAGCAUUAUGUUUUAAAUUAACUAAAUUGCUGUUUAAAAAGUAAUAUACUUUACUUGCUGUCCAAGCAAAAUGGAAAAGAUGAGAUUUCUUUUCUGUGAUUAGUCCAGAUCUGCAUUCUCUUAUGCUAAUUCAUCAGGUUCCUACAAGUAGAGCUUGCUUUGUUGGAAGAAGUGGAAUAAAGGUAUUGGCCCAAACUGGCAGCUCUUUAUGGCAGUGUGCUAGGCUGAGGCUUUACACCUGUAGCAUCUGGAAGCUGUCAGAAAACGCUGUGGGUGAUCUCUGAAAAUCUCACUUAGGAGCAUCCUCUGAAGUAUUCUGACCUUCCUGUCGAAACCAAAUGUUGCUUUCUGACUUCAGUAAUUCGUUUUUCAGGGCAUCUCAGUUCAGUUACUCGUGUAGGAUGAAUAGGUUGUUUUAAGAGCAACACGAGGUAAAUGUGUUCAGUGACCUUGUCCUGCAGUUACAGUUUGAGUCCAAAAUAUUAGGCAAGCUUUGUCUCCUGUGAGGUGGAAUUACUCCUUGGGGAGGUUGUGUAAGUUAAAAAUUAGAACCUGUUCCUUAGGAGAUCAUAGGAUGCCUUCCUAAUGUGGAAUAUCCACCUUUCCUCAUCUUCUAUUGUGAUUUUUGUUAUGGUAUAAAAUUUAAUUUCUAUUUUCCUUUUCUGUUGUUUUGAGAGCAUUUGUCUCAUCAGUGCAGUGCUUGUCUUUCUGUUCUUCUACUGUUAAAUCUCAAUGAAGCAAAAGAAAUGGCGUAGUGGCACAAUUUAUGUCCUUGCCUCUCUGUUUGUACUUGAUAAUUGCUGAAGGAUGCAACUGCAUUGCCUGUGGUGAACUACAGCAGUAACAGCUAUAACCUGCACUAAUGAGCAGUGGAGGAACAAGUGAGAUACAAGGGAGAAAACAAGCUGUAGCUGUCUGCAAAUGUUGUCCUUUAUGAAGCAGAACAGUGAUCACGUUAUGGAAACUUUGCUUCUCUUCAUGUGCAUGAAACUGUACACUGUGAAAUGAUACAAUAUGUUGAGCUCUUUUUCUUCCUCAGCUCUGUCUGGACACUUCCCAUAGUACAACCAUGGGGACACUGUUGUGUUGUAGAAUAGCAGCCUAAACCUCAUUUCUGUCUUGAGCUGAUCUCCGCAAUCUGUUCAGCAUGUAGACAAAACUUCUCCCCUCAGUUCCAGCAGCGCACAGAACUUUUUCUAAAGCUGUUUGCUUUUAAGUUAUUGUACUCCAGGUCUUUCUGUUAAUUUGAACUUUUGGUUUGUUGUAUUAGUUGAGUAUUUUUUGAAGUGUUUUGCUUAAUAUAGGACUUGGAAAGAUUUUGUUGCUAUGUUGUCUUUUGUAAAACGUACCCAACAAUGAAACAAAUUAGGGAUCCAUGCCCAGUAGUGAGAGAAACGUGUUCCCAGAACUCAUUCCUCUCCUCAGCCUGUGUGUGUGCAACAGACACACUGUGUGCUGGGACAUGGUCAAGCAUCAGCAAUGAAACCUACACUUACAGGAGAGUAAGGCUAAUACAAAUUGCUUUAACUGGCUAUGGAUGAGAAAAGUUAACAUCUCAUAGCACUGAAAUACAAAUGUAGUUUGUAUUGCGGUGUGUUGAGUCCCUGUUCUCCAGUGUGUGGAGCAUGCACGUUGUAGAACAAGUGCUUCACUUUGGUAGGGAAUACUCUGCAAUACAUGAUGCACUAAAUAAAUGUGUGUGCUGAACAUUUUGAAUAAUAUCUUUAAUAAUGCUCAGGAAUACUGCAGCUUACAAGACUCAGCUGUGGCGUUAUUCACUAGCUGUGUUAACUUGUAAUGGUGUAUGGAUGUGAAAGUGAUUGUUGUGCUUUACUGCCUGGGUCUAGUGCUCUGUCUGUUUUACUUCACAGGGCACAAUUCUUAGAUGCUAGAUUAAUUUCCUAGGAACAAUAAGGAAACAGGUUAAUAACAAAAAUCUGAGAGGCUUGAUUUAUGUAUAGAAAUCCUAAUGUCUCAGCAGCUGGACAUAGGAAGAUCUUUUUCUCUUUGAAGAUGUUUUGAUCAAAAUGUUCUCCCUGAGAAAAGAGAGAAUUUGUGAGUUCCUGGACAGUAACAGUCAAAUAGCCCCGCGUUUUACCUUGCUUGGAAGUUGAAAACAACCACUGAGGUAAGUGCUGCAGUGUGAGCAGUCAAGUGCUGGAGUUACACUGUGACUUGGGAGCUCAAAGAACAGAAACUAGUCUGAACAAUCUGCAUGGAAUACUCUGCUGGGAGCUGCGCUGUGCCUUAAACUUGCCAAGCUUUAUUAUAUUCCAAGAGCUUGAUUGCAGCUUUUUAUUAAGUGUUUAUACUCAUGUCCCUGUUAGUGCCUAGGCUAACUUAACUGGUGACUCACGUUUUAUUGUGUAAUAAUCAUUGUGAUCUGUUGUUUAAAUAUUGAUUGCUCCACAACUGUGAUCAGUUUCCGUAUUUUGUUGCAUUGCUUUUAUUUUCUAUAAAAGAACAAUGUAAAAUUUGUAA